GAGCUGCGUCUGCGCGGUGGCGCGCGCCUCGCACUGGGCUCGUCGCUGGGACUCGCCGGAGGUUGAAGCGGCUUGUGCGCGCGCGACCGCUCACUGCAGGGGCAGGACAGCUGCCGACUCCACGAAACCCCGAAGAUAAAGAAAAACAGGAAGAAACAAAUAAACCCUCUGCUUUUGGGGGCCGGGGAUUUACUUGAACACCGCAGGAAAGUCGGCUUCGCUACACCGUGGAGACGGUUACUGAUAUUUUGGGCCUGGUGUUCGGAGAGAGAAGGAAGAGCACCCACAAAAAUAAGAAAAAGAUAUUCAUUUAACCUUCGGCAUGGCCAGGGAUUACGAUUACCUCUUUAAGUUGCUCAUCAUAGGCGACAGCGGUGUGGGGAAGAGCAGUUUACUCCUUCGGUUUGCAGACAACACAUUUUCGGGUAGCUACAUCACCACGAUCGGGGUUGACUUUAAGAUCCGGACGGUAGAGAUCAAUGGUGAGAAGGUGAAGCUGCAGAUCUGGGACACUGCGGGCCAGGAGCGUUUCCGCACCAUCACGUCCACCUAUUACAGGGGCACCCAUGGGGUGAUUGUGGUGUAUGACGUCACCAGCGCAGAGUCCUUCGUCAAUGUGAAGAGGUGGCUGCAUGAAAUAAAUCAAAAUUGUGACAACGUGUGCCGAAUAUUGGUGGGUAACAAAAACGACGACCCCAACUCCAAGGUGGUAGAAACCAACGACGCCCAGAAAUUCGCGGAGCAGAUGGGCAUCCGUCUCUUCGAGACGAGCGCCAAGGAGAAUAUAAAUGUAGAAGAUAUGUUCAAUUGCAUCACGGAACUGGUGCUGAGGGCCAGGAAGGAGGCGCUGGCCAAGCAGCACCAGCAGCAGCAUGAGAACGACGUGGUGAAGCUUGGCAAGAGCGGCAAGAAGAAGAAGAAGUGCUGCUGAUGGACGGAGGGACGGAGGGAGGGCAUGGCGCAGCUGCAGCCAGCACACUGCCAUGACAUCUAAUGAACUGAGAGAGUAUAAAUAUAUAUAUAUAUAUAUAUAUAUAUAUAUAUAUAUAUAUAUAUAUAUAUAUAUAUAUAUAUAUAUAUUUUAAAAAGAUUUAAUAAAGAAAUUAUGGGGGAAAAAAUGGAAAAAAAAAUGGUGCAGUCCCCUUUGGACUGCGUCAAUCAUAAGGACUUGUACAGAUUCACAAAUGGACAGAUUUUUAUGCGGAGCAAAUGGAUGUUUUAUUUGGGAAUCGCCACUUAUUUAAUAAACUGGUCCAGCUCCUGAACAUUCAGGAAACUGAUGCAGUAGAGCCGCCCCCUUCAAUUUUCACAUCUUUUUGUUUCUGCCGGCAUAUCGUCGCUCUGUGUCUUGGGAGUGGUUUAUUAGUCUGCCGAGUCUGACUCAGGAGAGGAGGGCCCAUUCACUCUUUUACAAGGGGGAGGCAUCGUAAUACUUUAAAUGUUUUUGAGCAUUGACAUUCCUGUUCCGUUUCUUUCACUCUGGUGCCUGCACGUCAUAAAAAUGAUCAUCUGUUACUUUUUAAUCUAAGGACGAAGUGAUUGUUUCCUCCAUAGCUGGUGAAAUUCCUUUUUAAGUCCCCCCCCCCCUUAUUUUGCCAAAUGGUCCCUCCCACUAUCAGGUGAAAGUCAUACCACUCUGCCCAGUCUGCACCUGCGUAUCAACAACAGAACGACAGCCAAGCUUUCACUCAACGCCAGUCACAAAGAAAGACAUUUGUUUGAAUUUUUAAUUAUUACUUAAGAAAAAGCUGUCAGUAUAAUCAUAAAAUUAGCUGUACGAGGGCUGUUUUGGUUGCCAGUAAAUGGUGGUACCUGUUUCUGCACUGAGUGUUAUGCUGACUCCGGUCAAACUGACGCUGUACUCAGCUUCUGGAAGGUUCUCCCAAGCAACACUCCCAGGACACUUGCGGCGAAGUCAGUCCUGAUGUUCUGUUGUUGACGUACAGUCUGUACUUUUCACAGUUGAGAACCGUGUUUUAGGACUCAUUUUUGGCCUCUCGAGCCGCGUGUUUACGUCAUGAAUCUGCGUAGCCUCGUGUCGAGAUUAUUAAACCAGGAUUAAUCUAAAAUUUUAAUGUUGCGCUGUACACACGGUGUCCUCACGUUGCCAUGUUGAUCUGCUUUUGUACACGACGUGAGCUGCGGCCUAUGAGGCCCAUUGCCUGCAUCUAUGAUGCGUCGAGGCUGUGAGGCUCCGUGAGCUCGGGGCAGGCGUGGGAGCAGAUGGCGGCUUCUGGGAAUGGCCUUGUCUGUCUUGGUGAAACCAUGGAGUCUGUCUAAUCUCCCCUGAGCUUUUGCAAGCCAUGCUUCUUUUCCAUGACGUGUCCUCCGCACACCCUGACGACAAGCCUGUUGCAUUUUGGGCCUGGUGGCCGGAUGCUCGUUUUUGUGCCCACUUGCCGCAUCUCCCCUGAACCCGUGUUAAGUUCGUAACGGCGUCACGACAGCUGGGAAGCUUUGUGAAAUCAGCCCCCAGGACCAGCAUCAUUGGACUUCUCCAUAUGGCAUGCGCUCAAUGGGGGACUGGAUCAGGAGCCAGGCAUGUGUUCAGCAAGGUGGAUGCCUGAGGUGAUGUGAGCAGUACAAAGAGCGGUACCUCCGUUGUGUCAGGCUGUUCGGAACCUCCACCCGCCGAACACUAAGAGCCAUUGUUUACAAGAUGGCCGCCACCGGGCCGCGCUGCUGGCGCUGCUCACGGCCGAACAGACGGGCCUCUGUGGAUGACGUCUCUGCCCCUCACUCCAGGUUUAACUUGAGUUUUGUAGGGCGUUGCCGUUUACGAAACGCUGGACCAAGUGUCAGCCAAGCAGAGAUCAUGAAAACCCAUGUGUGAAUGAGAUGGUUUUGUUGGAAUACAUACAUGAAUGUUUGUAUAUAUAGAUAUUUUUGUAUAUAUGUUCCCUUUGACAUAUUCACAUACAUAUUUACACAUAAACGUGCAUGUAUGUAUGCACGUAUAAGUGAAUAUAAGUAUGUCAGAAUUUUUCAUCUGUGGUUUACUGUACACUGGAGAAUUAAAAUGUCUCAUUGUUCGUUUCUCUGCCCCUUGACUUUAAUCGGUAGUAAACAUUUUCCAAAA